CAUGGCUUGCCCCUACCGGUCGGCCAAGCUGAAAAAUGUGCUGAAUGAUAAGACUUAUGUGGACACGCUUCACCAGAGAUCAUUUUCGGUAAAUAAAUAAUUACUGUAGUAAAUAGUUAAAUAUAUUUUAAAAUGUACUGCAACAGCCUAAGAAAAUAAUCCUGACAAGUCAAAUCUAUUGUUUAGCCUAACAAAUAGGAGUUCCGCUAUAGCUAAAGUAUGGGUUCGUUCGCAUAAUGUCCAGUUAUAAAAUCUAAAAUUUGCUUCCAUUCAUUCAUAUCCAAUCAGUUGCAUUCCUAGGAUAGUGUUUUCUUAGUGGCAGUCCUAGGAUGGUAUAUUAAUAGCGGUCCUAGGAUGGUGUUAUCUUAAUGGUGGUCCUAGGAUGUUAUCUUAAUGGUGGUCCUAGGAUGUUGUUAUCUUAAAGGUGGUCCUAUGAUGAUGUUAUCUUAUUGGGGUCCUUGGAUAUUGUUUUCUUAAUGGUGUUCCUGGGAUGGUGUUAUCUUAAUGGUGGUCCUAGGAUGGUGUUAUCUUAAUGGUGGUCCUAGGAUGGUGUUAUCUUAAUGGUGGUCCUAGGAUAGUGUUAUCUUAAUGGUGGUCCUAGGAUGGUGUUAUCUUAAUGGUGGUCCUAGGAUGUUAUCUUAAUGGUGGUCCUAGGAUGGUGUUAUCUUAAAGGUGGUCUAUUAUUAUCUUAUUGGGGUCCUUGGAUGUUGUUUUCUUAAUGGUGUUCCUGGGAUAGUGUUAUCUUAAUGGUGGUCCUAAGAUGGUGUUAUCUUAAUGAGGUCCUGGGAUGGUGUUUUCUUAAUGUUGGUCCUGGGAUGGUGUUUUCUUAAUGGAGUUCCUGGGAUGGUGUUAUCUUAAUGGUGGUCCUGGUAUAGUGUAACCAUAAUGGUGGUCUUGAUGGUGUUAUCUUAAUGGGGGCCUCGGGAUGGUGUUAUCUUAUUGGUGGUCCUGGGAUGGUGUUAUCUUAAUGUUGGUCCUACGAUUGUUACCUUAAUGGUGGUCCUGGGAUGGUGUUAUCUUAAUGCGGGUCGUGGGAUGGUGUUAUCUUAAUGCGGAUUCUGGUAUGGUGUCUUAUUUGGCUAUGUUUUAAAUCAAGGUCAACAAAGAAUUUAAUCUUUUCUAGACUUUGGUGUGCAAUUCAGUUUAGUUCGAAUAUACUUCUAAAAAUUUCUUUUAAAGUCUUGAUAAAAUACCAUCAAUACUCGCAUAUAAGCCUACAUCACAUAUAAUAAGCGGACCCCCUAAAACUGCUUUAAAAUGGCCAGUUUUUGCACACAAAAACCUGCAUAUAAGCCGACCAUACAAUUGUCUAAUUUGACUCCAUAUUUUUGGUUCAUAGAAAUGUGUUACUGUCAAGAUGUAAAAUGCUUACUUUAAUGUUACAUACCAGUUUGUUUACCUUUAAUGUUACAUACCAGUUUGUUUACCUUUAUGUUACAUACCAGUUUGUUUACCUUUUGGAAUGACACAAAAACGUGUUCUGCUCCUUCAUACUCAGUCUAAUUAUCAGCUAUGCAGACAUUAAAUUCUUUGAAGUGACACCUCUGUAUAUAUAUAUAUAUAUUAGUACUCUGUACACACAACCAAAUAAAGAGUCAGAUAGCGAUGAAAAUGUGUGGCUUGAAAAUUGGCGUUAGUGUCUGACCUUGUGUCCAUUUUGUUUUAUGCGCUUAUAAGCCGACCCCCUGAUUUCAGUAUUGUAUUUUAUAGUUCUAACUUUGGCUUAUAUGCGAGUAUAUACCGUAUAUACGGUAAGAUUUUUUAUAAUUAAGAGGAAUAGACUUCGAUAAGACUACUAGUGUGUUACAGGGCAACUAUUAGCACUCUCUUGUUUUGUCUCCUGAAAGCUUUUUUGCCGAAUAGUCAUGUUAUUGUACAGCAUUUUUCUCAAACCUCAACAUAUCUUGUUCGACUAUUUAUGACUUUGAUAAAGCUUUUAAGUAGAUUAACGCAAAUUAAUUUGUGUAAAUGAUUAAUUCCAAGACAAAACAUACAUUUCAAUGUUACAUUAAACCAUUCGUCACUACAACCAACUAUAAAAUUAUAAAAUUAAAAAAUCAAUUUUAGACAAUGUUUUCGGACAAUAACUAUAAAAUAUGUAUGUCCUACCUAUUACUAUAAUUACUAUUAUAAAUUUGUUUCCUACCAUUUACUAUUAAAAAUGAAAUUGAACAAAAACUAGCACACGCCCUUGAUGAAAUCUAAGUUCAGAAGAGCGUUCUUCAAUUGUUAGAUAAUUACUACUGGAUUUAUCCCCAGAGGUGGCAACUUUAAAGCUGUGUGUAAUUAGUCCAGUUUUUUUUUUUAUAUUUCAAAAAAGAAUAAAGAUGUCGCCAUAACUCGAUUUACAAAAAUACUUUUCAGCCAGUUCCUUGCAACACCCAGCGAUGCAUGGGCUCACUUAUGUCCCAACAGGCCCAUAGGCCCCCUGGGGUCCCUAGAUCACAGGAGGAACUUUUGGUUCACGCCACAGACUUCAUUGACCAAUAUUUAAACUCAUGUGAAAUGUGAGUAGGCCUAUAUGAAUCUUAAUUUGUUUUUGAACAUUUAUGAUUAAGUCAAAACUUGUGUAAUUUACACGAUCAUGCAAUUUACUACCUAGCCAUUAAAAUAUAAAACAUGUUUAUGCUAUUGCAUUUUAUCAGUAUGUCUACAAUGAUUGACAACAAAUUGAUAUGGAAUUCCAAUGAUCUCUGCAAAUUAAUUUGAACUCCAUUGUUGGUUACAUAAUUUCUUCUUCCUCUAGAAAAAAUGCAAUAAAGAAUUAACGUCAUUUGACUUGUUCAUCAAUAAAGCAACACGCCAGUAUGGGAUAUAAAACGAGUUUAUAAAAGUUUAUAAAAGGAGUUGGUAGCUGUGAGUCUGUGGCCCGGAGUCUGCAGGGCCCCGAGUCUGCAGGGCCCCGAGUCAAUCUUAUUGUUUACUCAUAUAAAUGUCCACAUGAAUCUACAGACAUGCAGAACGGUAAAAAAAAAAAGGUUCAUAUUUUAAGAAGAGAUUCUUACAGCUUUUUUUUGUAUGGGAUCGUGCUUAAUUUUUAUUUUGUAUAACACGUUAUUUUGGGCAAGGGGAUUUUUUGUAAUGAAUGGGUUUUAAAAACUAUAAUAGUGUACUUCCUUACAAUUAUUUUUAUCUUCUGUCUACUGUAGCAGGACAAAAAAAUAUAUUUGGAUAGAAAACAUGUUAGUGCUCACACGCAGAACCCAAAAAUAUGUUUGUUAGUGGAUAAGUCAAAGAGGGACUUAAAAUUGAUAUUAUGGUUGUAAGUCGUGGGGUCCCAGAUUGUACGGUCAUAGGUCUACGAUUUUUGAGUCCUGCAAAUCACAUCACUCAUGACUAUUUGCAUGGUCUUGCACUUGACUGUAAAUUAAUUUUCAUGAGUUUUGUUUCGCCAUUUUUAAGUUAAUUUAAAUCACUUUGCUAGCUUACAGUCUACCAUAUAUUACCUGCUAGCUUACAGUCUACCAUAUAUUACCUGCUGGCUUACAGUCUACCAUAUAUUACCUGCUGGCUUAGUCUACCAUAUAUUACCUGCUGGCUUAGUCUACCAUAUAUUACCUGCUGGCUUACAGUCUACCAUAUAUUACCUGCUGGCUUACAGUCUACCAUAUAUUACCUGCUGGCUUACAGUCUACCAUAUAUUACCUGCUGGCUUACAGUCUACCAUAUAUUACCUGCUGGCUUAGUCUACCAUAUAUUACCUGCUGGCUUACAGUCUACCAUACAUUACCUGCUGGCUUACAGUCUACCAUAUAUUACCUGCUAGCUUACAGUCUACCAUAUAUUACCUGCUGGCUUACAGUCUACCAUAUAUUACCUGCUGGCUUAGUCUACUAUAUAUUACCUGCUGGCUUACAGUCUACCAUAUAUUACCUGCUGGCUUACAGUCUACCAUAUAUUACCUGCUGGCUUACAGUCUACCAUAUAUUACCUGCUAGCUUACAGUCUACCAUAUAUUACCUGCUAGCUUAGUCUAUCAUAUAUUACCUGCUAGCUUACAGUCUAUCAUAUAUUACCUGCUAGCUUACAGUCUACCAUAUAUUACCUGCUAGCUUACAGUCUACCAUAUAUUACCUGCUAGCUUACAGUCUACCAUAUAUUACCUGCUAGCUUACAGUCUACCAUAUAUUACCUGCUAGCUUACAGUCUACCAUAUAUUACUUAACUAGCAAAAUACCCGCGCUUCGCAGCGGAGAGCCUUUUUUAAAGAAAAAAAGUUAAGAAAUUAUCAAGUAUCCGCAUAUUCCUAUCCGCAUAUUCCUAUCCGCAUAUUCCUAUCCGCAUAUUCCUAUCCGCAUAUUCCUAUCCGCAUAUUCCUAUCCGCAUAUUCCCGAGACUAUACACUGCAUUCCUAGCUGUAGCGAAACAGUGCUGUCACAAACUUUCCACCGAACGGGACCAGUCGCCCUAAUGUGUUACGCCAAUAAGGCAAUUUUAAAAAUACACGUCGACUGACAUCCUGUAAAUAAAAAAAUAAUUCAACAUCCCUUUUUUUUUAAACCCUCCACUUUUUAAACCUCUAGCCCAGUGGUUCUCAACCUUUCUAGUGCUGCGACCCUUUAAUACAGUUUCUCGUGUCGUGGCGACCCCCCAGCCACACAAUUAUUUUCGUUGCUACUUCAUAGCUGUAAAGAUAAGUGUUUUCAGAUGGUCUUAGGCGACCCCCAAUGGGGUCGCGACCCACAGGUUGAGAACCGCUGCUCUAGCUAAUAUACCUGGCAUUGCACGGGAUUGCAUUAGGACACUGAUCCUGGUAAGAUCCCAAUUCUAAUAAGUCCCCAAUUCCAUUUUGAACCCUAGCCCGGCGCAAUCCCUUUUCCCAAUGGGAUCACAUUUUCUAGUGGCUCCGGAUCCAGGGGAAUCCAGAUCCCGUCGGUGUCUUGAUCUCAGUGAAUCACGAUGGGCUACCUAUCACAUUAGGAUACCGUUCUCUGUGGGAUCCUGUUCCACCAAGGGACUCUCUUUUCCGAUGUUAUCCAUUUUCCUGGUAGGAUUCUGAUCCCGGUUUGAUCCCGUUACCCGAUGGGAUCUUGAUGGUAUCCUGUUCCCAGAUGCGUGACCGAUGGUUCCCAUUAGGCGCCAGUUUCUCAAUGGGAUCAUGCUCAGUGCGAUUUUGUUCGAAUAAGCUUUUAGAUCUAAUUAUAUAUUCCCGUAGAGCAAAAUAGAACAUUCUAGAUUAAAUUUAAUAUCCUCCAUGAAACGUGUAAAAAAUUACUUUUCUAUUAUUUGUCGAUUGAGAAAUAUAAAACUAAAUUGUACUACUAUAACUAUAGUACAUUUAAAUUGAAUUAUGAUAGGCUCUGUAUGGAUUGGAUAUUAUUAGUUUUAAAUCCACCAUUAUUUUAAUACGGACUAAGAAGGGUGUUGCUACAAUCUAUUCACAUAAAACCUAUAUUUUUAUCUAAGCCUAUUGAUAUUUAUAUAGGUUAUAUUAGGAAAAAUGAAAUGCGGCCCCACAGGCCCACAGGGAUGGUUAUGAGUUCAGUACCCUUCGGUAUUUGAAUAUGGCUAAUGAAGUGUAUGUGAAAUAAGUUUGGUAAAGAUCCAUCCAUUCAUGUAGGAAUAUUAAGCCUAUUGAUAUUUAUAUAGUUUAUAUAAGAGGAAAUGAAAUGGGGCCCCGGCUUCAGAGGUAUGGAUAUUAUGAGUUCAGUUCCCUGUGGUAUUUGAGUAUGGAUAGCCUAUUAAGUCCCCAUGUUACUACCUUCCCUAUAAAAACUUAGCUUGAUUUUGCUACUAAUUUGAUUGUAUUUGUAACAGCCGUAAUAAAAUGGUGAGGAAUUUCAAUAAAUAAAUUUAACUAGUUAAAUACAAAUUGAUUAUUGAAUAGUCUUCUUUAAUUAAAAAAUAAACAUCUGUUUAUAAAAUAGGACAUUCCUGUCCAGGAGCAACACACCGGCCCAUUUGAAUAGACUUAGCGAGAUCCAAGAUUCUGUGACAAAGUCCGGCACCUACGACCUGACAAUGGCUGAACUGACAUUUGGUGCUAAGCAAGCUUGGAGAAAUGCGCCCAGAUGCAUUGGCAGAAUGCAGUGGUCAAAACUCCAGGUAAGCAUGCACGGAAUGGCAUUGUCGGCAGAUGUCUGGAAAUAGGAAUUCUCAUGUCCCGUGUUUUCGUUUAUUCUGGCGAAAUAAUUGAACUCUCUUACAAAAAUGUAUAACAUUAUUUUUUCAUUUUAAAAAAUAAAUCUCACUACAAUUUUAAAAUAGUUGGAAUAAAUAGUUUAAUCUUUAGUCUUUUCGUGAAUGAACAAAUUUGUUGGAAAGGUUGGUACAAGUAGCUUUUUUCCACCCCCCCCACACACCCUCCCAAAAGUCUUUAAAAAAAUCUAAAAUACAUACCAGUAAUGUUUAAUCAAUUUGUUUUGAUUGCUGUUACACCUACUUCCUGGAAUACAUCAACAAUUUCUAACAUACUGAUUUGUUGAAAUUUUAAAAUAUAAAAUAUCUAUCAGAUCUAUGUAACAGAUAACACCUUUAAUUCUCUUGAAUUUUUUUAGGAGGUACAAUUUGUUUAGGACAUUUGGAUAAAUGCUUGAUGGAAACAAUUAGGUAAUAUUUAUGUUAGGACACUUUCAUUUUUGUCUUUAAUGGAGUUAAAGGAAAAUUUAUCUUCCAUUAAUAUAAACAUAAAAGUACAAAGCUGAAUUGUUUCUCCCCACAGGUCGUUGAUGCCAGAUGCAUCAUGACACCCCGAGGGAUGUAUACAGCUUUGUGCGAUCACAUCAAAUAUGCGACAAACAAAGGGAAUAUUAGGUAUUUGACCAAAUUUAUGGUACAUUGUAACUGCUACAAUGUUCACAUUUGUUCACAUUAGGAAUAAGUAACUGGUAAAAAAAUGUAUAUUAUUUGCAUUUUGGGGUUUAACUAAAUUUAUAUAUUUAAGAAUUUAGUUUGUUUUUUAAAAAUGGAAAUAUAAAUCGCAGUCCAACACUUCUUAUAAAUAUAAAUGACUAUACCUAACAACUCACAACAUUAUCAUGUCUUAUCACCUGGAUGGACUUAAAGUGAAAUCGUAUUACAGAAACAUCUUGUGUAAAUUUGUAAUGGUUCUAGAUAACAUCUUUUAUUUAAGUAGCAAAGACAAAACUCCUAAAACAUGUCCCAAAUUACUGAUGUAAGGAUUAUUUCCCUUUUAAAUCUCCAAUGUUUUUUUAAAUCCACUGUCAACAUAUUCUGUUUGAAACGUCACUAUGUCACCAUUGUCCUGUGAAUGCUGUUGUCUUCUUUAAGGUCUGCCAUCACCAUAUUUCCACAACGAAUAGAAGGGCCCCCUGAUUUCCGUGUAUGGAAUAGUCAGUUGAUAGGCUACGCUGGCUACAGUAUGGAUGAUGGGAAGAUUAUUGGGGACCCAGCCAAUGUGGAAUUUACUGAUGUAAGACUCAAAAAAAUUGUUGCCCUAUGUUAAUGUAAUGACAGGACAUACAUUGGUAACACAUUUCAAGACAUUUAUUGUUAACACAUGUCAAGGCAUACAUUGGUAGCACAUGUCAAGGCAUACAAUGGUAAAACAUUUCAAGACAUACAUUGGUAGUACAUUUCAAGACAUACAUUGGUAGUACAUUUCAAGACAUACAUUGGAAACAAACUUCAAGACAUACAUUGGUAACACAUUUCAAGACAUACAUUGGUACCACAUUUCAAGACAAAUAUUGGUAACACAUGUCAAGACAUACAUUGGUUACAUAUUUAAAGACAUUUAUUGAUAACACAUGUCAUGGCAUGCAUUGGUAAGACAUGUAUUGGUAACACAUAUUUAUUGGUAACACAUGUAAAGACAUAAAUUAAAAACAGAUUCCAAGACAUUUCUUUAUAACACAAGUCAAGGCAUACAUUGGUAAGACACAUAAUGCAUUUCAGACAUUCAUUGGUAACACAUCUCAAGACAUACAUUGGUAACACAUCUCAGGACAUACAUUGGUAACACAUCUCAGGACAUUGGUAACACAUCUCAAGACAUACAUUGGUAACACAUCUCAGGACAUACAUUGGUAACACAUCUCAGGACAUACAUUGGUAGCAUAUCUCAGGACAUACAUUGGUAGCACAUCUCACAACAUACAUUGGUAGCAUAUCUCAAGACAUACAUUGGUAGCAUAUCUCAAGACAUACAUUGGUAACAUAUCUCAAGAUAUACUUUGGUAGCAUAUCUCAGCUCAUACCGUACAUUGGUAACACAUCUCAGGACAUAAAUUGAUAACACAUUCCAGGACAUACAUUGGUAACACAUCUCAUUGGUAACAGGUCUCAUUUUGAGACAGUACGCACUGCAGAAUGUGGGGCUCACAUUUUGUUUUUGAAUAGCUUAGCUUUUGUUUCUAAAUACAACAGUGCACUUCCCGAUCUAAAUCUCGAACUUCAUCGACAUUAUUGACAUUUUCAAAACAUCAUUUUUUUUAAUUUAAGGACUUUUUUGUUUGUUGUUUUGCGUUGUCUGCUGAAGAGGACAUCUAGGCAAAAUGCCCAUUUAAAUGUCCUGUCUUUUCUGAUCAAGCCUAAACAUAUCUUGUUCAAUUUUUUUAUUGACUUAAAACGGCUUGAUCUCAGUCACUCAUAAUUUAUCACUCUGAGUGCACUGUUUAACGAUUGGAUGUCUUUUAUUUUGUGGCCAAGAUACAAAACAUUUAUAGUGUUUUAUCUUAUGGUGUGUAUCUUUGAAAACUCUUAAUUCUCUCUUUAAAAAAAUAUUUAGCAAUGUGUAAGGAUGGGUUGGAAACCAAAGUAUGGUAUGUUUGACCUAUUUCCACUGGUUCUGUCUGCUGCUGGAUUUGAUCCUGAAGUUUUCGACCUCCCACCUGAGCUAGUGUUAAAGGUCAAGUUGGUGCAUCCCGAGUAAGUUUAAUUUCAUUCUUGAUUCAUGAGGCUUAAAAUUGAUAAUUUAGAAGUCAAUCUCCUACCAAAUUUUUUCUUUCUUUCAAGUAAGUUUUUUUGUAACGGUAUCUGUUAUCAAAAUUAGUUUCUCACUUUUUAUAUAAAAUUUUGAAAACAACUGACGGCUUAUGUUUAAACAUUUUCCAAAUAUUUAAGAAUCAUUUUUUUCUUUAAAGAUUUCAUAUUUUAUAAAAUUAAAAAGCCUUGUUGGCAUAAAUAUUUGUUAAAAGUAAAAUGUCAAUAUUUGGUGAGAGGACAAGUCCUUAGAUUUGGUUUCCACUGUCUACCAUCCAGGAAUCCCUGGUUUUCUGAUAUUGGUCUAAAGUGGUACGCCCUACCAGCUGUAUCUGGAAUGCUGUUGGACUGUGGGAGCCUGGAGUUCCCUUCGUGUCCUUUCAAUGGAUGGUACAUGGGGACAGAGAUUGGUUCCAGGGAUUUGUGCGAUUCUCAUAGGUACAACAUGCUGGAGGUGAGUUGAUGAGAAAAAGCUGGGGUGAUGACAUGUUGGAGGUAAAAUGACAUGCUGCAAUUAGUCCUAAUAUCCUGUACAACAGAGUCGCUCAUCUUUUAAAAAAAACUUAAUUGAUGUGUGUGUACGGUGUUAAAUUCCAUUUUAAAGACUCUUUAACUGGAAUUAUAUUUUAGAAUUGUUCAUCCUAACUGUAGGCCUACUAGGCAAAGGCUGACUAGCCGUUGGGAAAGUUAGGCAUCAGUACUAAAUAAGCCAACAAAACUGGCCAGCUGCGUUUUGUAUGUUCUGAUAAUGCCUGGCCUGUGUGCUUAACCAAAUGCUACUAUUGUGUCUGGCCUGUGUGUUUAACCAAGUACUACUAUUGUUUCUGGCCUACUAUUUUGUAACAAAAGUAUAUAUUCAAGUUAAGUGACUGGGUCUGAUGAUUAACUUUUGAAUACAUGACAAGUCUAAAGAUAAGAUUACUUUUAAACCUUUUUUUUAAAAUUACGUUUAAAACACAAGAAAACUGGGAACAAUAAUUUUUAUACAAUACAACGAAAGGUACUGCGAGAAUAAAAUUUUACAUCAGAUCAUCGACCAUCCUUUAAUAUUAUACAUUUCUAACAAUCACCCCAUCCCUUAGUAAGCAACAUUUCUAGCUUCACUCCCUCCUGAUUAAACAGCAGAAAGCCUUACAUUAUUUUGUUAUAAUUAUGUGCUAAUUAUUUUAAUUAUUGUAACCCAAAUUUUUUUUUAAAAAUUCUAAUUUCGUCAAUUUAAAAAGAAGAAAAUGAAAAAAUAUGAAUUUAAAAAUUGAUAUGUCAUAUUAUUUCCUACCACCCCAACCCCGUUUAACACUAUCAAACAAAAUGAUGAACUACCCCCCUACCCCCUUCAUAUUGUAAUAUUUGCAUGGUCCAUUACAACUCUUAGUGACAAGAGCAAUUCUAAUGGAAACCUUUGCAAAUGUUGUUAGCUGCUACAAAAUCUCUGGUCAAAGGCGCAUUACUCACGACUGAGGAUGAAACUCUGAAUCACUUAUUGGCAUACUAUUCCCCCAUAGAGGCUGAAAGAUUUGAAAAUACACAUUUUCUGCCAGAGAUAUCAUUACAAUAGACUCUGUUUUGGUUCAAUCAAGCUGGCUUAAUUUAGAAAACUAUAUCAAAGUAUACCUCCUAUGAACUGAAUUUUCAAAAAUAAUUUAUGUCAAUAUAUUAUAUAAAUAAAAUUAAUAACUUUUACAAUCACAUCACAAAUAGUCUUUUGGUCACUUAGAAAAGGAAGUGUGGAAUAAAAUGUAUACUUUUUAAACCUAGACCAUUGCCUUAAAGAUGGGGCUAAACACCAGAAAUGCUUCAUCCUUGUGGAAAGAUCGUGCACUAUUGGAGUCUAAUCGUGCUGUUCUCCACAGUUUUCAGGUAGGUCUUUAUAAUACAAUUUAACUGUCUAUAUAAUACAAAAUUUUACAGUCUUUACAAUACAAUUUUACUGUCUAUAUAAUACACAAUUUUACAGUCUUUAUAAUACAAUUUUACUGUCUAUAUAAUACACAAUUUUACAGUCUUUAUAAUACAAUCUUGCUGUCUAUAUAAUACACAAUUUUACAGUCUUUAUUAUACAAUUUUACAGAUGUUCUUUUAAAUGGUUGAAAUUUUUUUUGAUUUAACAACUCUUGAGUGUGCUGAUAUUCUUUCUAAACAUUCAAAAUGUCGAGUAAUGUAAAAAAAAAAUGUAUUUAAUCUUACUGAAUGACAAAUAAGGUAUGUGUAAGACAUGUAUAAGAUAGUAUUAUAAGACAAGUGUAUAAUACUUUUAAAAUCAAUGAAAAAUGCAAUGAGAAAAUUUGAACUUGUCAAUUAAUGUUUAGCCUGCAUCUCUGUGGCUUCAAUAUGGGGAGUCAAUGUCUUACUUUCUUUCUAUUCUUAUUAGUCAGCCAAUGUUACAAUUGUCAAUCAUCACGAUGCCAGUGAGUCUUUUAUAUUGCACUUGGAUACUGAGCAACAUUUAAGAGGUGGCUGCCCAGGUGAUUGGGUGUGGAUGGUGCCACCCAUAAGUAGUUCAGUAGUUCAGCACUGGACAUUUUUCACCAAGAACUUUUCUUUAUAAGCUCAAGCCCUCCUUUGAAUAUCAGGUUUGU